AUGGAUCAUUUGUGGCAGUCUGUUAAGGAUAAAUUUGAGGCAGAGAAUAUGGAUAAUUAUCGAGACGCCACGUUAAGACAUAUGAAAGAUCUUUGGAACACGUGGAGGUCAAAUAAUCACCUCAAUCAUAUCUUUCGACAUUCCGGUAAUUUAGAAGCAAUUAAAGCGGACAAACCUAAAGAAAUUACACAGGAGGACUGGGAGUGGUUGUUUACCCAUCGAUAUAACACAGAUCAAUUCAAGAAAGUAAGCUCAACGAAUAGAAGGAAUAGACAAAAUGUGAAAUAUGUUCACCACACUGGAAGCAAGUCAUUUACUCAAUUAGAACGAGAAAUAGAGUUGAGAGAUGGACGUCCUCCAGCAUUCGAAGACGUUUUUCUUGAGACUCGAAUUAAAAAAGAUAGAACCGUUGAUCCUGAUGUCCAAUUGAAAGUUGAUGAAAUGCGUUCAAUGAGAGAGAAAAAUCCUUCAAUUUCAAAUAUUGAUUUAAUAGAGUCUGUUUUCGGUAAUCAAAGUCAUGGAUAUGUGAUCGGAAUGGGUGGGGGAGUGUUGAUUUCACAAGUGAGAGAUAUUCAAUCAAAACAAUCUCUUCGCCACCAGAAUUUAUGUCUUCAAACAAGAAUAGAAGAUGUUGAAAGAGCUCAUCAAACGGAAUUGGAAAAUCUACGAGCCCAGAGAUUAAAUGAUAAACUUGAGAUGGAAGAGGCGAGAUUAAAGGAUAAACUAGAGAAUCAAGAGUCAAGAUUAAAUGAUAAACUCGAGAUGGAUAAAAAAAUUGCAGCUAUGAUGUCACAAUUUUUGGGAACUACAUCUACAUCGAUGCCUCCCACAACAACGUCUUCUAAUUCAGGUUUGCUAAAUUUGGAUGACGAACAAAUUGAUUUUGAAAAGGUGUAG